AAACCUAAGUACCAGGCGUUCUUCGAAGUUGUCAUGCUCUUACGUCGCCUGAUUCUGGCCAUCGCUCUGUCCAUGAUUCCAUCGUCAUCUACUUUGCAAACCUUUGUAGUCUGGCUUGUACUUAUGGUUUCAGCGAUUAUUCAUCUUAUUUUAAGGCCAUACGACACGCAACCGGGUAGGAGAGAAGGAGAAACCGACUGUCAACACGAAAGACUAAAGCUCAAAGGCAUUUUCAGUGAGAAUGUCUUUGAGCCUCUUGUGUUGUUUGUCUUAUCGAUGUCAUUCAUGGUAUUACGAUUUCCAAGUCUGGAUGUCAACGACACUAACUUUUUUGUUUGGUUUGUGAUGGUCGUCAACACCUGUGUCCUGAUCGGUUUGUUAUCUGGCAUCCUAUGUCGUCUCGCUGGUAAAAUUAGGGUACCUGGUAAUGCCAAUAGAUUUGAAGAAGACGCAGACAGUGGCAAUGAGGAGAGGAGCCAUUUAUUGCGAUUUGGUACACGCUGCAGAUACCAGUCUAUAAAUAACGACCCUUAACUUUGCAUAAUUCAACUAAACUUAAACGCUGCGUAGUAAAAAUGGGUCUGCAGAGAAUGGUUUGAACUGCAAACUACGCUAUGACUGUCACAAAAACAUGUUGAUAUUUUACGCUAUUAUGCUGUGUUUCUAGUAAUUACAAGAAACAGUUAAAGGACGUUUGAUGUUAUUAGUAGUGACACUUUAUGGGGUGCCAUCCACUCCUAGUCUUUUCCUGCAAACUGAAACCUAUAGAAACAACGCAUUGGAUAGCUUGAGAUUUUUAAAGACAGGAAAUGCAGUUGAAACACUGUAUUCACUCCUUGUACAGUUCAGUCUUUGUGAUGGCUUUGAACAGCUGUGUCCUGAUUACUUUUUUAGGCGAUAUGUUCAUUCGUCUCGCUUCCAAAAAUGAAAAUUCAACAAAUGAAAAUUUUGAACGGGAAGAUAGAUUUAAAGAAGGUGCCAACAGUGUCGAUGAGGAAAAAAGGCAUUUGGUGGAAUUUGGUGUCAGCCGUAGAUAUUUUACUGUAACGUAGAGGUUACAAAUUUUAUGUAUAAUGUAGCCAGUAGAUGCUGCCAUGGUAGUAAACAACCUAAAAACACCAAAAUGAUAUACAAAUUUCACUUAUUACCGACCCUUUAUUGGGUCAAUUAAUGUUUCUGGGAAGAGGGCCAAGAUUGUCUUCGACGAGUUCGUAUGUUUCCCCUUUACACGCUAGACACUUCUUUUACACCAGCGCAAGAAAAGGAUGUCUUGCUAGAUAUAUACUCCUCUACAAAUGGGAAGCAGUGGUACCAAACAAGCGGGUGGAAUAGCUCACACAAUAACACAUCUCAUUGUACAUGGUAUGGUAUUACUUGUCACAAUGACACAUCUUACGUUAAAGCAAUUGUGUUGGCCUAUAACAAUCUGGAAGGCUCCCUCCCAAACAACAUUUGGAAAAUUCGAAACUUAUUCUCUCUGUGCGUAACUGGAAACCCACGCCUGCGAGGACACAUCGGCGAUUUUUUGUUUGGAAAUAUGACAAAAUUAAUAACAGUUCAUUUCAGUGCUUCUUCUAUUUCCGGCGAUAUUCCUCAAGAAAUCGUGAAAAUGAGUAAUUUGCAGAACUUUUUGUCUUGCAUUAUGAAAGGCAAUGGCUUGACAGGACAUUUACCAGAAGACAUAGGAAAUAUGACGGAGCUACGAGUACUUUGUCUUGGCGGAAAUAAACUAACUGGCCAAAUACCGAGAAGUAUUUCUAAAUUAAGAAACCUUUGGUAUCUCGACUUAAGAAUCACACCUGGAAUGAUGCAUGGAAACCUAAGCGACAUCCUUUCGAUUCCCUCAUUAACCGAUUUGUUUAUAUCUGGAGUUCAUUUAACUGGAAAAAUGCCUCAUAUGAUGCCUCAACAAUUCCGUUACCUCGUUUUGCCUGGGAACAACAUAUCAGGAGAAUUUACACAAAUAUUUCCAAAACAAAACAGUCUGGAAAUAUUAAAUGUUGCAAACAAUCGAUUGACAGGGGAUAUUCCGGGUGAAUUACUUUUGCAAAAUACCACUAACAUGAUAGAUUUGUCACAAAACCAGUUUUCCUCAAUUAACAAAGGACAACCGUGGCCAGAAAACGUUACAGCACCAAUAAGGUGGUACGUCUCCCUGGCAGGAAAUAGGAAUUUAUCGAUCAACUUCAAAAGUUUUUUGGAACUAUUCAGUGGAAGAACAGUGGACUUUACUGGUAGGAGCCCAUCUAUUGUGAAUUUAAGCUUCUGCGACAUCAAAAGUCCCGUACUUGCAAAUAUUCUUUACUUAGAGAAGAUGUCUACUUGCGACUUAAAAGGCAAUAAACUUUAUGGAUCUGUCCCAGAUUUUUACGAGGACUUUUCUUUUUUAACAUAUUUUGAUCUCUCCUCAAAUAACUUGACGGGUACUCUUCCGGCAGGAAUCCAGAACCUCAUAUCCCUUCAAUAUUUCGAUAUUUCUGGAAACCCUUUCAUGAGAGACGAAAAUGAUGCAACAUCUAAUGCCUAUCAACCUGACUUCUCAAAAAUGGCAAGACCACCUGAAGCAGAUAAUUUUACUUGCCCUGAAGGCAGACUCACGUUCAACAACGGUCUCAUUCGGUUAGACCCGACAUUUUACGAGUACAAAUAC